AUGUGUGUCAGAGGACUGUCUGUGCUCCCUAAGUAGAUGACUGCUCCAAAUCUGGUGUCUGUAUUACUGACUGCGAGAUACGAGAAAAAUUUGGUUCGCACAUUAUCAUCCCAAGUCAGGACAAGGUUUUUUGAUUGUGGGAUAGAAUGCCGGCGAUCAUGAGUAAAAACUCCGAUUUGGAGUUUGACUCCUUACAACCGUGUUUCUACCCGGAUGAGGACGACUUCUACUUCUGUGGUCCCGACGCUGCGCCACCGGGGGAGGACAUCUGGAAGAAAUUCGAGUUGUUGCCCACUCCGCCCCUCUCCCCGAGCCGAGCCGCGCUACCGGGGGAGCCGGCGGCUGCGUCCCCGGAAGCAGACCCUCUUGGCUUCGGCUUAGGGGACCCACUGGACUGGGCUUCAGAGCUGCUGCUCCUGCCCGAGGACGAUAUCUGGGGGGCGUCCGACGAUGGGGACCUGUUCGGCUCCGUUUUGGAUACUAACCCCAACAACAUCAUUAUCCAGGACUGUAUGUGGAGUGGCUUCUCCGCCAGGGAAAAGCUGGAGCGAGUGGUCACGGAGAAACUCGGCAAGGCUAUUUCCACCGCCGCAGGAGGCGGCAGGAACGUGUGCGUCAAGGCGCCGGAGGUUGUGAGCCGCAGCUCGGUGUCAGAGUGCGUGGACCCCACAGUGGUCUUCCCUUUCCCGGUGAACAAGAAGAACGGCAGCAGGGACUCAACCGGGACCGUUAACACAUCCACAACCACCGGGAGCGCUCCUAGUGACUCCGAAGAGGAAGAUGACGAUGAUGAAGAAGAAGAAGAAGAAGAGGAGGAGGAGGAAGAGGACGAGGAGGAGGAGGAGGAGGACGAUGAGGAAGAGGAGGAGGAGAUCGAUGUGGUCACAGUAGAAAAGAGGCGCUCCACAGUCAACAAGGCAUCACCAAUGGCGACAGGUACAGUCACCAUUUCUGUGCAUCCCAAGAGCCAAGACGCCAGAGGAAUCGUCUCGGCGUCUGGCGUCGUUAGUCGGUUCGUCAGCAGAGCUCCUCAAGAGCUCAUCCUGAAGAGGAGCUCGGUCCACCAGCAGCAACACAAUUACGCAGCCCCCUCACCGUACGCCUCAGACGACGACCCCACCCCACCUCCAAAGAAGCAAAGAACAUCAGACGCACCCCGACCUCCCACCAGAACCAUCUCAUCAUCCUCCUCGUCUUCCUCCACAUCCUGCAGCUCAGUCACCACCAGCACAUCGGGGCCACGCAGCAAGCGCAGCAACAGCGGAGACAGCAGCCCACGCGGCAGCUCCGACUCAGAGGACAGCGAGCGCCGGCGCAACCACAACAUCCUGGAGCGCCAACGUCGCAACGACCUGCGCUCCAGCUUCCUGACGUUGCGUGACCACGUACCGGAGCUGGCGCACAACGAGAAGGCAGCCAAGGUGCUGAUCCUGAAGAAAGCCACUGAGUAUGUGAGCUCGCUGGAGACGGAGGAGAUGAGGCUCCAGCAGGAGAAGGACAGGCUCCAAGCCCGCAGGCAGCAGCUGAUGCGCAGGCUGGAGCAGGCUAGGACUCGCUAACAGACAACCACUACAACACAGAAACACUCACAUAUACCCUGGAUGACCCCUCGUCGCUGCCUCAACUCAGUCUGACACACGAUUAGAUGCACACACACACACAUAGGCCUACACACUUAAGCACAGACACAUAGGCCUGCAUAUCACACAAACAUCUCAGAGGACGUUUAUCUUCACAUGCUCACACACACCUGGAGGAGACUGGCGGGGGGCACCAGGGGGAUGCUCGGACUUUCACUGCCGCCACUUUUUUUGCACAUUUGUUGACGUUAAGAAUGUUUAGGGUUUACUUUUUCAAUCCAGUCACAUUGAGGAAAGGUUAAAAAAAGAGAAAAGAACGAGGAAGGAGAGACCUUAUUUUGCUCUUCCCUUUCUCUGGUUUUUUUAUAUCAUUUGUAUUUUUUUUUUUUGUACUCACUGUGACACCAGCCUGGAAUCAGGUGAUUCCCACCGGGACGGGUGUUUGAGGGCACUUUGCUUGGAGAGUUCAUGUAAACAAGAAGCAGUGCACACUUAACUUUGCCUUCACCACUGCAAAACAAAAAAACAAAAUAACUGAAGAGACUAUGACGACUGAGGCGUUAUCACACAAACGAUGCCACUACAGGUUCUCUUUCUCUCACUCCUCCUCUCUCACACUGGUGCUCAAACCAAGUCAGUGGAUGUAUAACUGUGCACCUUGCUAGCCGACACUUUUGUAUAUAACAAUAGUGUACAGACAAAAUACACUCAGAUCUGCCUUGUUUUGUAAUACAUUUUGUCCUUGUUUUUUUAUACAUGUCAGGAAGCUGCCAAUAACUAGACUGGAAGUUUAUAUACCUUUAAAAGUACUGUAAGGCCUCGAUUUUUGAGAGUCAUGAACUUUGUAAUAUAACAAUAUAUUGUUUUUUUCUUCUCUUUUUCUUUGUAUUGUAUCAUAUUACUAAUUCUACACACCUUUAUGCUUUUAGUGUGAACCUGAUACAUACUAAAUUUGAUACUUAUAUUUUCGUAUGAAAAUGAGUUCUCGGUAGAUAUCACUUUAUCUUGUCAUUUUUUUCUUCUAUCUCAAAUAAUUCUUUUGUACAGCAAAAAAUGUGUUCUAUCUUCAUGUACCUGGCCUUUUUUUUCUUUCUUCCUUGUUUUGUUUAUAUUUGUAACUAUCGGGUGCAUAGAACUGGGUAAACGGAUAUAAGAUGUUUGUUUUUUUCACCUUUAAAAUGUACAUUUAGUGCUGCAACUCAUAGCACUUUGAAAUACCUCAUUUUGAAAAAUAAAUAGACAUCAUAAAAUCCUCA